AUGCAGAUUUCCCAUCUUCUGAACAUGCUGAAUAACGACGAUACAGAUGUCGGGGAGUUGGCCCGAUCCUCUCUGUUCUUGGAUCUAAGAAAUCGCAGGGUGCCGUUGGCCAAGGAGUCGGAGCCCCACUUCCUUGGUUUCAGAAGAAAAUCCAGUGGGAAACUUUACACUCAAUCGGCUGGUUUUGGUGUUUGUCUACAGAACUGUGAUCUGACUGGUGAGUGUUGUGAAAGUUUGUCUUCAUGUCUACAAUCAUCAAACUCUCUGAGACAGCUGGACCUGAGUCACAAUGAUCUGAAGGAUUCAGGAGUGAAGCUGAUCUCUGAUGCUCUUAAGACUCACAACUGUCAACUACACACACUCAGGUUAUCGGGAUGUAUGGUGACAGAUGAAGGUUGUUGCUAUUUGGCUUCAGCUCUGAGUUCAAACCCGUCACACCUGAGAGAGCUCGACCUGAGCUACAAUCACCCAGCACCCUCAGCACUUCAGCUGCUCUCUGAUAGACUCAAUGAUCCAAACUACACACUCAGCAAACUCAGCGUGGAGCAUGGGGGAGGGUCCAGAAUUACAGCAGGACUACACAAAUAUGCCUGUGAUCUCACACUGGAUCCCAACACAGCAAACACUGAACUCAAACUGUCCGAGGAGAACAGAAAGAUCACGUGUGUGCUUAAAUCUCAGUCGUAUCCUGAUCAUCCAGACAGAUUUGAUGUUGUUCCUCAGGUUCUGUGUCAAAAGAGUCUGACUGGACGCUGUUACUGGGAGGCUGAAUGGAGCGGGUCAGGUGUUGAUAUAUCAGUGUCAUAUAAAAGCAUCAGCAGAAAAGGAUUAAAUAAUGACAGUUUAUUUGGAUUCAAUGUAAAUUCAUGGAGUCUGUACUGCGCUAAUAACAGCGUCCGUGCCUGUCACAACAAUGAGAGAACAGGCAUAUCCUCUUCACGUGUGUCUAAUAGAAUAGGAGUGUAUCUGGACUGGUCAGCUGGCACUUUGUCCUUCUACAGUGUCUCUGAUACACCCAUUCACUUGCACACAUUCAACACAACAUUCACUGAACCUCUAUAUGCAGGAUUUAGAGUUCAUCUGAACACUUCAGUUUCUCUGACAGGCAUGCGGUGA